AUUAUCGAGAGGUAUUUAUGAUGUCCCUUCUUCACUCUCCUGCUUCGGUAAAAAAUUCUUGAGAAAUGUCGAUGUUAAUGGCGGCCAAAUCCGCUUCACUCUACAGCUCAAACACUUCGAUUUCAGCUAGAACCGGGCGAAACCCUCGCGCAGUCCGAUCGGCUGCUUAUCCGACAGUGAGAAUGCAGUCACGUGUUCACCGUCUGAUUGAAGAGCAAGGCGCUGUGCUUGUUCCCGGAGUCUACGACGCUUUAUCUGCGGCUAUCGUGCAGCAGACCGGUUUCUCCGCCGCUUUGAUCUCCGGUUACGCUCUCUCCGCCGUGACUUUGGGAAAACCCGAUUUCGGUUUGAUAACACCCCCGGAGAUGGCAGCAACGGCGAGAGCAGUUUGUGCUGCUGCUCCAAAGAUUCCAAUCUUUGCGGAUGGAGAUACUGGUGGAGGAAAUGCUCUCAAUGUUCAAAGAACCAUCAAGGACUUAAUCGCUGCUGGUGCUGCUGGUUGCUUCCUUGAGGACCAGGCAUGGCCAAAGAGGUGUGGACAUAUGCGUGGCAAGGAGGUCAUACCUGCGGAGGAGCACGCUGCUAAAAUAGCAUCAGCAAGAGACGCUAUUGGAGAUUCUGACUUUUUCCUCAUUGCAAGGACUGAUGCGCGUGCCCUUUCCGCUAAAACAGGACUUUCAGAUGCCAUUGACCGUGCUAAUCUCUACAUGCAGGCUGGAGCUGAUGCUUCCUUUGUUGAGGCACCAAGGGAUGACGAUGAGCUUAAGGAAAUUGGAAAGCGCACAAAAGGUUACAGAGUGUGUAACAUGCUUGAAGGUGGACGCACGCCAUUGCAUACACCUGAUGAGCUUAAAGAAAUGGGAUUUCAUCUGAUUGCUCACCCACUUACCUCGCUCUAUGCAUCGACUAGAGCUCUUGUCGAUGUUCUCAAGAUUCUCAAGGAAAAGGGAACCACCAAAGAUCACUUAGAAAAGAUGAUUACUUUCGAGGAGUUUAAC